AUAAGGAAGAGAGGGGAGCCGCACAACCCAAGAAGAGAGGAAAUUGGAGAGCUGGCCGCAGGGGGAAUUUCCGGUGCGUUUGCCUUCUUGUGAGACUCAUAUCUCGCGUUCUACUCAUCCAAGAGAGGCGUGAGAGGUGUCCACUGAAAGCUCUCUAAACUAGGAAUCCGUAGACGUGCGGUUUGAAGAAAACGGAGCAGUUGAAGACCUCAAAAUCAUCCGAACAGAACGCAAUCUCGCAGAAUACGUUUUUGGUAUUCAAAGCAUAGCGAAUGCUUAAGAAUUGGGGUCUAUGCCAAUGCAAGGAGAUGUACUUGAGCCCGAUGCUCUAGAAUUGCAUGGGUGAACAUGACGUCGGAGAUUGGUGGAGUAAUUGACUUGUGACUGAUGUGCAUGGUGAUGUAGUUGAGUUGGACUCGAGAAAUGCAAACAUGUGUGUUAGGGUUGAACCCUAUGUAUUUUCGUGACUAGGGGUCACGGGGUUUGGGUUAUUUUUUGUAAACGAACUUUGGGCAAUGGACCGACUACUUGACUUUAUAUAUAAAGUAAGUAUAUUUUAAAAAGGGGUAACUUGGGGUUACGGCCUAGAAUUAUAUUAUCACCCUAUUUGAGGGUCUUGUGUUUGAAAUACUUGUUGUAUAUCUAUUAGAUGCCAUCCACACCAGUACUUUAUAGCCGUAUAUAGUACUGACCCUGUGACACCGUCCACAAGCAUGUUUACUUUUAGUAAAUGAUGUAGUAAACCUUGAAAGAUGAGUUAUGGAUUUACGUAAUUGUUAAAUUUUAUUAUUUCUUUUACGUGAAUAGUAAAUUGCAUGUGAGGCCCACAGCGGGAACGGGGACCGCCCGAUAAUUCCCGCACCACAUAUUAUAUCCAUCUUGGUCCAGACGACAUCUACAUGGUGGUGGAUAUUUUAUUUGGGCCACGGGAAGGGCAAGGAAUUGACCGGUGGGUCAAAUGAGGCCCAAUUACCGGUAUUGGUAAUUUAGCGGAUAACAGCCCGAAAUGAGUUUCGGAGACUCCUAAAUUAAUGUUGGGGAAUGUACAUCUAUUCUAAAGGCCCCUAAGUAUUAGGGACGAGUGAUAUAUUUUAUUUGGCCCAAUAAAAUAAAAUACUCCCUCUGUCCCUAAAAGGAUUGCCAAGUUUGACUGGCACGUAGAAUAAUAAAGUAAAAACUGUGUGGUAGAGAUUAGUGCAGAGGAAAGAGAAAUAACAUGAGCCAUAAAUUGAUUGAUUAAAAAGGAAAGUGGCAAAGUUUUUGGGACAACCACAAAAGGAAAGUUGGCAAAGUUAUAAGGGACGGAGGGAGUAUGAUUAAAACAGUCCGAGAAAUACAACUUUCGGGGCCGAUUAUACACAUCGGGACACAAUGGGAUGACCUCCCACCUGAAACCAGCGGAUUUUGAAACCAGCGCCUAUCGGUUUUAGUGAGGGUUGAGAGCUCCUCUCUCCCAAAUAUUUCCGCAACGGUAAUAUUUGGCUCCUUCACGCCGGAAACCGCCUCUCCACCACCGCAAACCACCAUCAACCACCUCUCCGGAGCUCGUAUAUCCUUGGUAUUACUUCCUCCAUUCCUUGGUCGAGUAAUAUCUUGGAUAUCCUUGCUCCUUCCGUCCCCAAAUCGCCAAAAAACCAGCGCACAUCUACUAUUCACUCAAGAAGGUCAACGCUCGUAACUCAACAUCUACUCGGCCAAAAAUUGAUUUGAGCAUAGAUUGAGGUUCGCCUUGGUGUGAGGAUCAACUUUAUCUACUUUGUUUCAUCAUCAACCUCAGCCGUACAACAAGCUACUGUUCAUAUCCGACUCCAUUGAUACGGAAUCCUAGCUCAAAAGGCAAGAAAAACUACAAAGGUACUCGUUUUAGAAGGGGUUGCUAUUUUUAGCUUCCCCUUCCAUGGUUUGAAGUUCCUAUCAUCCUUGCUCACUUUACCAACAUAAUGCCUAAGUCUACGGCCAAAAAGAAGGAGCCCCAAGCUCCAACGAAACCUUCUUCAAGGCUAAAGGAAAAGGCAAAAAACAAAGAAGUGGAGGAGGCCCUCUCGACAAUGGACCAAGUGAGUGACUCGGAACUAGAGUUGGACCUCAAUGCUAGUGAAUCCGAGGAAAGUUCAAGGCCAUUGCAACCAGAGUUUGCUGCUCAACCUCAUGACCCUGAGGCUCCUGUACCCCUCCUAAAACAGGUUCGUGACACACAAAACGCUAACAAGGAAAGUGUGGUGAUAAACCAAAAUGUUGGUCAAGUGGAAAAACAAAUGAAGGAGGGCACUACGGAUAUUGUUUUGAUUGAAAAUGAUACUGUAACCGAACCUCAAAUUCAAGUAGAGGGGGAGGUUAAUGAUUUGUAUGUUGCUGCCCUUGGCAAAACUCUUCCAUUCAAAGUGGCCGAAACUCCAAUUUCCAAACCUUAUGCAUCCUUAUUCAAGGAUAAUAGGGAGCCUACUAAAGGGAUGAAGUUAAGGUUUAUUGAGCCCGUAGGUGACUAUGUUGACUUACUUGAUAGAAGUAUGCCCUCAAUGGUGGAGAUUUGGGGUCAUUGUCUUGUUGGGUACUUCGAGGGUAGAUAUCCCGGUUUUAAACCAAUACAAGAGCUUGUAUCAAAAUGGGGCGUUCCUUGCAAAGUAAGAACCCAUGAUAGAGGGUGGGUGAUUUUCAAGUUCCAAGGGGAGGAGGACAGAUCCAAAGUCCUCAUGGAGGGUCCCUAUACUCUAUUUGGAAAAUCACUUUACCUCAAGACACUCUCGGACAACUUCUCCUUUGAAAGUGAUGAAUUCUUAAAAGUUCCAAUAUGGGUAAAAUUCCCCAACCUCCCAUUGCAAAUAUGGAAUGAAGAUGUCAUAAGUGAAAUAGCCUCAAGGGUGGGCAUGCCACUAACCACGGAUAGAGUUACCCAAGAGAGGUCCAUUUCUAAAUAUGCAAGAGUCCUAAUUGAAGUUGAUGCCUCCAAACCGCCACCACUCACCUUGAUAGUGAGAUUGCCGAAUGGGAGGUUUCACUUCCAAAAGAUGAUCUAUGAAACAUUUCCAAAUUAUUGCUUCAAUUGCAAGGCCUAUGGGCAUCAUGCAUUUACUUGCAAAGUCCUAGCCGAAAUGGAGAGGAAGGAAAGGGAAGAGAAGAAGAUGCAAGAUCAAGGGAAAGAGGAUCAACACAAAGAGGACAAAGGAAAGGGAAAGGCACCGAUGAGUAAUGGUGAGGCUCCACUAGAGAAUGGCAGCAUUCAUGCCGCGGCAUCACAGGGGGGGACUUCCAAAAGCACUUAUGCCGUGGAAUCACAGGGGGGGACUUCCAAAAGCACUAAUGCCGCGGCAUCACAGGGGGGGGGACAUCCAAAAACUCCAAUGCCACGGAAUUGGCCAACUCUUAUGCCCUAAAAGAAGAGCACCCUUUUAUUAAGGCAGCAAGGUUAAAGAAGAAAAAGAGGAAGCCUAAAAAGAAAAAACAACCAAGGGAAGAUGGAGAAGUAUCUUCCGGAUAUGAAACUAUACAAGAGCAUGAUGAGGAGGAUGACCAACCGAGAAAGAUUACAAGUUUCAAGGAUUUCUUUGAUGAUGAAGUCAUCAUAGAAAUGGUAGCGGAUGAGUUUGGGGAACCUAGUAUCAAAGUGGCACACAUUGAGGAGAUAACCGAGCCUACAAUCAGAUUGAACCACCUUCUACAAGUGGUAGAUGAUGCUCAACCAUGGGUCUUCUUUACCAAAAAAUGCUUGGAAAAUCUCCCGGGGGUGAAAAGGAAAAAGAAGGAUUGUGUUUAUACCUCACUUUUCAUGAGAUGUGUGUAUAGACACUACCUUUAUGGGUACUUUGAGGAUGGUCACCUAAUGGGCAAUGGAAGCAAAGUGAAGGAUUUGAGGAAGUUUACAAGAAAAACAGUCCGGGUGGUAAGAGAUAUCAAAGAGGCAUAUUUGGAUGAUGUGAUCACAAAGAUUGAGUUCCAAGAAGGAGAGAAGCCGAGGAUCCACCUCAUGCAUUGUGAUGAUGUGGAAGUGAUGAUGACAAGGCUAGAUAACUAUUUGGAUGAGGAGGAAAGCUUGGCACGCAAAGGAAUCACUUUCACCACCGAAUGCCUAAAAUCUCUUCCCGGGGCAAGCCUAACGGAGCAAGGGUAUGAAUUCCCUUCUAACUUUAUUAUAAAUGUUUAUGAUCUUUUCCUUGCUAGGUAUAGAGGGUGUGAGGAGUAUCGAGCAUAGAAGAUAAGGCAAUGGGAGGUCACUAGGCCGAACAAGAGGAAGGGGAGGAAACACUAGCAUGUUUUUUAUGAUAGUUACAUCAUGGAAUGUAAGGGGGCUGAAUCAAGCCUCAAAACAAAACAAUAUACUAAACUUCACAAGGAUUAACAAGGUACGUGUUAUGUGUCUUCUUGAAACGAAAAUGUCUUUAACUAGUUUUGCUAACUUUAUGAAUCUUAGAUUACCAAAUUGGAUGUAUGUGACAAACUUUGACAAGAUUGGGGGUGACCGUAUUGCUAUUUUGUGGGAUCCUAGUUAUGUUGAUGAAGAUAUAUUGGAGGUUGAUACUCAACAUGUGCAUGCAAGAUUUAGGUGUAAAAUAACGCAAGUUUAUUUUUAUGCCUCUUUUGUGUAUGCCUUGUAUACGGUUAUGGAAAGGAGACCUCUUUGGGGAAAUUUGACUAGACUUAGUACAAAUAUUCUUGGACCUUGGGCUGUAUUGGGGGAUUUUAAUUGUGUGGGUUCACCGCAUGAAAGAAAAGGUUCUGCCCCUCCCACGAGCUACUUAAUGAAGGAUCUUAAUGAGAUGAAAAUCCAAACUUAUCUAGAUGAUGCCCCUUCUACGGGUGAGUUUUUCACUUGGAAUAGAGGUGUCAUUUGGGCUAAAUUAGGUAGGAUUAUUGUUAACCCUACAUGGAGUGCUCAUGGGAUAACUUGUAGAGCUCAUUUCUUUGAAAUGGAAUGUGAUUUUGACCAUGUAGCUACACUAUUAAGUAUUGGCAAUACAACAAAAAAUGGAUCUAAACCUUUUAAAUUUUUCAAUAUGUGGAUGAAACAUGAUCGUUUUGUUGGUAUUUUAGAGGAAGUUUGGAAUAGGAAUAUUGAGGGACGACUCAAUUUCGUUUGGCCCGUAAACUCAAGCUCCUAAAACAGCCCCUAAAACUACUAAAUGUAAAUGAAUUUAGUCAUAUCUCGGCAAGAGCAAAGGAAUCUAAAAAGGAAUAUCAAAGAGUCUAUCAAUUAGCUCUUUUGGAUCCUCAUGAUGAUGCUCUUAAAGAGGAAAUGAAUAUUGCUAAGAAAAGAGCUUUAUUUCUUAAGGAGGCCGAGGAAGCUUAUCUCAAACAAAAAGCCAAGGCUAUCCAUAUUUUGCAAUCGGAUAGAUGUACGAAGUACUUCCAUUCAAUUGUUAAAAAAGGCAAGCAAAGAAUGCAAUUGCAUCCAUUCGGCUACAAGAUGGGUCUCUCACUCAAUCUAUGGACCAAGUUGCAAAUGAAUUUAUUACCUUUUUCAAAGGUUUAUUUGGUAUGGUGGUUCCUUCUAUUGGCUUUGAUCCUAAUGUUAUGGGUGCGGGCAGAACUAUAGACCAAUCUUUUGUGGAUGAUCUAAUUAGGCCUGUAUCAGAUUUGGAAAUUAAAGAAGCAUUGUUUGACAUAGGAAAUGAUAAGGCACUUGGACCAGAUGGUUACUCAUCAGCUUUCUUCAAAUCAAAUUGGAGUAAAGUUGGUGAGGAUGUGUGUGCUGCCGUUAAGGAGUUUUUUGAGUCCGGAAACAUGCUUAAACAGGUUAACCAUACCAUUGUAGCACUCAUUCCUAAGACUAAUCAUUCUCCUACGGUCUCGGACUUUAGGCCCAUUUCUUGUACAAAUGUGACUUACAAGAUCAUUACUAAGAUUUUAGCAUCUAGAAUGGGACCAUGUCUUUCUAGCGUAGUUGAUCCAUCACAAGGGGCAUUUGUUGAUGGUAGACUAAUGACAGAUAAUAUCUUUCUUGCACAAGAAUUGGUGAGGGGAUAUGCUAGAAAGAGGGUCUCUCCUAGAUGUAUGAUCAAAGUUGACAUUAGGAAAGCAUAUGAUACCAUUUCUUGGGAUUUCCUUGAAAAAACUCUAAGGGGAAUUGGAAUGCCAAACAUUUUUGUAAACUGGAUUAUGGAAUGUGUCUCUACCUCUUCCUUUUCAAUAUCUAUUAAUGGCAAUCUACAUGGUUGGUUUGAAGGAAAGAGAGGUUUGAGACAAGGUGACCCCAUGUCCCCAAUGUUGUUUGUUUUGUGUUUGGAAUACAUGUCCCGGAUGCUAGCUAUUAGGACUUCAAAUCCAAAUUUUAACUACCAUCCGUUAUGUUCCAAGCUUAAGAUUUCACAUUUGGCCUAUGCCGAUGACUUGAUGCUUUUUUCUAAGGGGGAACCCAAAUCCAUUAAAAUUUUGGUUGAUGCAUUAAAUGAUUUUGGGAAGGUUUCGGGUCUAUUGGUUAACCAAGAUAAAUCUAAUAUUUUUGUGGGGGGAAACAUAGGAAAAAAACUACCUUUCAUUCUACAAAUGGUUGACUUUCAACAAGGAUCUUUUCCGGUAAGAUAUCUUGGUAUUCCAUUGGCUCCUUUAAAGAUCUCGGUUGCCCAAUUCUCUCCGUUGAUUGACACGGUGACAGGCUAUUUUAAGGCAUGGAAUACUAAGUCUUUAUCUUAUGCGGGGAAAGUUGAGUUGAUUAAGUCGGUUAUUCAAGGUGUACAGUCCUUUUGGUUGGGUAUCUUCCCGGUGCCCAAAACAAUUUUGGAUAGAAUUGUUAGUCUUUGUAGAAUCUUCCUUUGGGGGGAAAACAUGCUAAGGUAGCUUGGGAGGAUGUUUGCUUACCAAAAGAAGAAGGGGGGCUAGGGAUUAGGGAUACCAAGGUUUGGAAUAAUGCAUUAUUAGCUCGCACAUUAUGGAAUAUUCAUGCUAAACAGGACACUCUUUGGGUGAGAUGGGCGAAUGGAGUCUAUCUCUAUGGGAGAGAUGUGUGGACGUUUGUUCCACGUAAUAGAGACUCACAACUGAUGAAAAGAAUUGCACUGAUCCGAGACUCUAUUGUCUCAAAAUACCAUUCGGUAACUGAGACCAUAACCCAGCUUGGAAAGAUGGUUUACAAUGGCAAACUCUCUUCUUCCAAGAUUUAUGACCUCCUAAGGAUUAAAGGGAAUGCUCAUGCGUGGAUGUCCUUCAUUUGGAGGGCCUAUAUACCUCCCAAAUUUUCGUUCAUAAUGUGGUUAGCCUACCGGAAUAGACUACCUACUUAUGACAACAUGGUUUAUCUUGAUAUUGUUAAUAUUUGUCCCUUUUGUAAGGGUGGUCCGGAGACGGUACCACACCUAUUUUUUGAAUGUGUUUGUACAGGCCAGGUUUGGAAAAGUGUGAAGGAGUGGAUUGGCAUCUCGAGGCAAAUGUAAACACUAAGGAGUGCGGUGAAAUGGAUCCAAAGAGAAUGCAAUGGAGCAAAUAUUAGGGCAAAGGCUAUGAGGAUAGCUUUUAGCUACACAAUCUAUUGGAUAUGGAAAACCAGGAAUGCACUUCGUUUUGAUGGAGCCACACUAAAGAUGGAAGACAUGCUCCCACAUAUCAAGUAUAUGGUGUAUAAAGUGCUCUACUCUAUAUAUCCAUAUCAUAUGAUUCCAUUUUGAACUAAACACUAGCCUUUUUUGUCAUAAGAUUGAUGGCUAUUUUUGCUAGAUGAUAGAUGUUAGAUUUCGAGCUUAGACAGCUUAUGAUGGUAUAGGAUAUCCAUACUUGGAUAUGCCUCAAAUUUUGCUCACAUGAUGUACAUAAACUUUGGCUACUAU